AUGGUUAACAGCACUACCGAGUGCAAGGUUGUUAUUAUUAGGGAAUUUGAUAAAAAAAGGGAUGUCAAGGUGGUGGAGAAGCUUGAAAGGAACUGUGAGAUAGGGACCAAAAAAGGGGUCUCCAUUUUCACUAACAUGAUGGGUGACCCUUUGUCUAGGAUUAGGUUCUACCCCAUCCAUGUUAUAUUGGUAGCUGAACUUCUUGAAAGCAAGGAGAUUGUAGGGGUAGUUAGAGGAUGCAUUAAGAAUGUUGGGACUACUACUCGUCCUGGUUCACUCUUGAAGAUGGGUUGCAUCAUAGGCCUUAGAGUCUCUCCUACUUACAGGAGAAAAGGGGUUGCAUUAAAACUUGUUACCUCACUUGAAGAAUGGAUGGUGAGAAAUGGAGCGGAGUAUUCAUACCUAGCAACAGAGAAGAACAAUGAAGCAUCCAAAGCCCUAUUUGCUCUUAAGUGCAACUAUGUGAGUCUUAGCUCACUUGUCAUUUUUGUUCAUCCAACUAGCACUAGCACAAGCCUACCAACAAAGCAUAUUUCUGAAAGGGAUAUUAAAAUAGAGAAGGUGAACAUAGAUCAAGCAAUUUCCUUGUACAAAAGAAUCUUGAAAACCAAAGAAUUGUAUCCAUUGGACAUAGACACUAUCCUCAAGGAGAAACUUAGUCUUGGAACAUGGGUAUGUUAUUACAAAGAUGAGGGUUGCAUCAAAUUGCAAAACAUGGUAGAUAAUAAUGAAGAUUUUAUUCCUACCAAUAAUAAUCAAACCCUAAUUGGAUCAACAUCAUCAUCAUGGGUAAUUUUUAGCAUAUGGAAUACUUGUGAAUCUUAUAAGCUUCAAAUCAAGAAGUCUUCUCAUCAUCAUCCACUAAGGUUUCUUCACACAACACUGAAACAUGCAAGAGAGAAGAUUAUUUUCCCAUGUCUUAGAAUUCUAGUGAGUGAAUCACUGAGUAGACCCUUUGGAUUUCUCUUCCUAUAUGGGCUCCAUGGAGAAGGAAAUAACCUUGGAAAUCUCAUGGAAUUCAUAUGGAGGUUCACAUCAAGGUUGGGAGAAAGCAUGAAAGAUUGUAGAGUGGUUAUCACUGAGUUAGGGCUUGGUGAUCCACUUGCAAAUUAUGUUCCUCAGACAAAUUCUAUGUCUUGCAUUGAUGAUCUUUGGUACACAAAAAGACUCUCAUCAAUUGGACAUAACAAUGGAAAGGAUGAAGAAAUGGCUAUGAAGAGAUAUGUAGGGAAUAAUGUUUUUGUUGAUCCUAGAGAAUUUUAG